UAUCGAUUAGUCUCUGAAACCAUCGCAACAAAUUCGAUUACACGUUCCAGCGUCGGCCGCGUUUUCUUGCUGCAAAAUACUUCAUUUUCCAAUUUGUGCAUUUUACGUUCGUUAUAAAAAGUCAGCGUGAACAUGUCGAGCAAAUCCCGACGUGCUGGCACCGCCACGCCGCAGCCCGGCAGCACCUCCACCCCACGGGCGCCAUCGGCGGGUCCGCAGCAGCACCACCAGCAGCCGCCCACCCACUCGCAGACGGCCUCCAGCCCACUGAGCCCCACGCGCCACUCCCGCGUGGCCGAGAAGGUAGAGCUGCAGAACCUGAACGAUCGUCUGGCCACCUACAUCGACCGGGUGCGCAAUCUGGAGACGGAGAACUCCCGCCUCACCAUCGAGGUGCAGACCACCAGGGACACGGUCACCCGCGAGACCACCAACAUCAAGAACAUCUUCGAGGCCGAGCUGCUGGAGACGCGUCGUCUUCUGGAUGACACAGCUCGGGAUCGCGCUCGUGCCGAGAUCGACAUCAAGCGUCUCUGGGAGGAGAACGAGGAGCUGAAGGGACGGCUGGACAAGAAGACCAAGGAGUGCACCACGGCUGAGGGCAAUGUCCGCAUGUACGAGUCGCGCGCCAACGAGCUGAACAACAAAUACAACCAGGCCAACGCCGAUCGGAAGAAGAUUAACGACGACCUGAAUGAGGCGCUUAAGGAGUUGGACAGGCUGCGCAAGCAGUUCGAUGACACGCGCAAGAACCUGGAACAGGAGACACUGUCGCGCGUUGACCUGGAGAACACCAUUCAGAGUCUGCGCGAGGAGCUCUCCUUCAAGGACCAGAUCCACUCGCAGGAGAUCAACGAGUCGCGCCGCAUCAAACAGACGGAGUACAGCGAGAUCGACGGUCGCCUCAGCUCCGAGUAUGAUGCCAAGUUGAAGCAAUCGCUGCAGGAGCUGCGCGCACAGUACGAGGAGCAGAUGCGCAUUAAUCGCGAUGACAUCGAGUCCCUCUACGAGGACAAGAUCCGCCGUCUGCAAGAGGCCGCUGCACGCACAUCGAAUUCCACGCACAAGUCCAUUGAGGAGCUGCGCUCCACUCGUGUGCGUAUCGAUGGGCUCAACGCCAAGAUCAACGAUCUGGAGCAAAUCAAUGCCGACCUUAAUGCGCGCAUCCGUGAGCUGGAGCGUCAGCUGGACAAUGAUCGCGAACGCCACGGUCAAGAGAUUGCCAUUCUCGAGAAAGAGCUUAUCCGACUGCGCGAGGAGAUGACGCAGCAGCUCCAGGAGUACCAGGACCUUAUGGACAUCAAGGUCUCUCUGGAUUUGGAAAUCGCCGCAUACGACAAGCUACUGGUGGGCGAGGAGGCUCGUUUGAACAUCACACCAGCCGCCAACGCGGCCACAGUGCAGUCCUUCAGCCAGUCGCUGCGCAGCUCCACGCGUGCCACGCCAUCGCGUCGCACUCCCUCUGGAGCCGUGAAGCGCAAGCGCGCCGUGGUCGACGAGUCUGAGGAUCACAGCGUCUCCGAUUACUAUGUGUCCGCCAGUGCCAAGGGCAACGUGGAGAUCAAGGAGAUCGACCCCGAGGGCAAGUUCGUAAGGCUGUUCAACAAGGGCAGCGAUGAGGUGGCUAUCGGUGGCUGGCAGCUGCAGCGUCUGAUCAACGAGGGCGGUCCUUCGACCACCUACAAGUUCCAUCGCUCGGUGAAGAUCGAGCCAAAUGGCGUGGUCACCGUUUGGUCGGCGGACACCAAGGCCUCGCACGAGCCUCCAUCGAGUCUUGUGAUGAAGUCACAGAAGUGGGUCGCCGCCGACAACACCCGGACGAUUCUGCUGAACUCCGAGGGCGAGGCUGUGGCCAAUCUGGAUCGCGUCAAGCGCGUGGUGUCCCAUCACACAUCCUCCACCCGGCUGAGUCGUCGCCGCAGCGUGAGCGCCGUGGAUGGCAAUGAGCAGCUCUACCAUCAGCAGGGCGAUCCUCAGCAGUCAAACGAGAAGUGCGCCAUUAUGUAAAAUCAAACACAAAACAAAUCUUUUCUGAACCAGACAAACAAAUAGCACACGGAGAGCAUAAACAAGAACCCAAACAAACGCUGAGGUACAGAGAUUUAAUAUUCAGCUAAGUUAUUUUUUGUGGCCACAAUGCCAGUAAUUUAAUCAAAAACCAUUUGUGUAGAUCUGCUCAAGCAGCUAAGAGAGAAUCUUCGUUUCGUCUGUACGCCCAUUCACUUUCUUAACCAAUUCAAUAGUUUAUUGUUUCGAUGACAACGUACUGUCCACGUUUUGUGUUUCCGCGUAAACUGAUCCACUGUAAACUUUAUUUGGUAUAAACUGGAGGCCUGUGCUAUUCUUAUGCCACAUAGAAUUUACGUAACACUCACUUCACUUUUGUAUUUGCGGCGAGAAGAACUUUGAAAAUAUUGCAAGAAAACAAUAUUUUCGAUGUACUUGCGCUCCCCCUAUUUAAGAAAAUAGUUUUUAAGCAAUAUCCCAGAUAAACCAACCAGCAGCCAACAAAAACAACGAGCACAUAGUGAGGGAUUUAUAAGAUACAGGUCAAGAGGAUUAACUAAAAGAUGCUCCUGACAACAGACAUAUUUAUUUAAGUAUUUUUUGUACAAUCAGCAUAAAAUACAUUAUACUUUAUACAUAUA